UGUUUCAACCCGGACGUUAUUACGGAACACAGGAAAGCAUGUUGUGCUGAAGUGUUAGUUGAUGCUGAAAAUUAAACUUGGCACAGAUGUCUGGAAGCCGUACGGAUUCAGAAAGGGAAACCGGGGUUGUGUUGGGCUUUUUAGAGGAGGCAGAGCGUUGGCAGCUCGCGAGCGCUCAGUUUCCCAGUAAAGUCGGCGGGAAGCCCGCGUGGCUCAGCCUGCUGAAUUUACCGACCGUCGCCGAGCUUGUGUGUGAAACAUGCCAGCUUCCGACAGUAUUUCUGUUACAGGUUUAUGCGCCUAUUGUCGGGCAAGAGCGGAGUUUUCAUCGGACACUGUACGUAUUCUGCUGUAAGACUCCCGCGUGCUACACUGCGAACGACAACCGGUGUUUUAAAGUGUAUAGAAGCCAGUUACCAAGAAAAAAUGACUUCUAUCCAUAUGACCCUCCCUCUGAUGAAGAGCCAGCUGCCAGGGCAGAUGAUGAGUGUGUACUAGGAUCAGGAGUAAAACUGUGCAGGCUAUGUGGCUGCGCUGGACACAAAGCGUGUUCCCGCUGCCACACAGUCACAUACUGCAGCAAAGAGCAUCAGGCAACAGACUGGAAACAACGACAUAAAAAAGAAUGCAGUACUUCCUCUGUGUCUGAUGCUGUAAAUAUGUUUCUGUUUCCUGAGUGGGAGUUGGUAACAGAACCUGAGAAACUCCUAGUAACAGAUGAUGAGCCACCUGAUUCAAAUUCAUUGCAGCAAGCCAAUAUUGCAUCUUCAGAUUUGGAGGAGAGCGAGUUGGAGUCUAUGGCUCUCCAUGAAUCACAGGACAGUAAAAUAUUUCAGAAAUUUAAAGAGCGCAUAGCUACAGAGCCACAUCAGGUCUUGCGGUAUUGCCGUGAAGGAUCUCCACUUUGGGUGUCAUCUAAACAUGUACCAGGUAAAGACGACAUUCCAAAAUGCCCAUGUGGUGCCAACAGAAUCUUUGAAUUUCAGGUCAUGCCUCAGUUGCUUAACCAUCUGAAGGUGGAUAGACCAGAUGCUAGCAUAGACUGGGGGACUUUGGUCGUGUUCACAUGUGCUGCCAGCUGUGAUCAAGUCAAUAACUACUCAGCAGAGUUCAUCUGGAAACAAGACUUUUCUGUGGAUCAGGCAGUUUAACUACCGCAUAAUAAAGCAUAUACCAGUUAUACUGUAUACGCAACUUUUUAAUGUCCUUUUUUGUUUUUGUUAAAACACACCACAAUAAAAUUAAACAUUUCGUUUAA